AUGCUUAACCAAUUCAACAAUCUCACCCAUUCUCUAAAACCAAAACACGCACUAAUCAGUGCAGGUAUCUUUUUUAUCCUACUAGGUUUCCUCCUAAUGGACACCCAUCUUGUUUUUGUCGGCAAUACUCUUACUACUAUUGGAGUCCUCUGUAGUAUUCAAAACUUCCAAAAUAUCAAGCCGUUAAUUCUUUUCUUAUCUGGAUUUGCUAUUUCUUUCAAACUAACCCAUCUAGCCAUCUUUAUUGAAUUCAUUGCCCUACUCUUCUGGUCCCGCCGCAAACUAGGCACUCUUUCCCAUCCCAUCCGCCACCUCACCAAAUUCCUCUCCUAA